AAGAAGGAGGCGUUCUACAGACAACUACAAGCAAUAAUGGACAACGUCCCAAAAGGCGAUAUCAAAAUCCUGAUGGGCGAUAUGAAUACGAAGCUGGGAGGAGACAAUACACGAAGAGAACUCACCAUGGGUCGAGAGGCCCUCGGUGAAAUGAACGACAAUAGUGAACUCUUCUCAGACUUCUGCGCCUUCAAUGAUUUGGUGAUUGGUGGCAGCGUUUUCAAACACAAAGAAAUACACAAGACGACAUGGAUUUCACCAGAUGGAAACACCAAAAACAAAAUGGACUUCAUCUCAUUCUCAAGAAAGUGGAGACGAAGCCUACUGGACACAAGGUCGGGGAGAGGAGCAGAUGUGGGUUCAGACCACUAUCUAGUACAAGGGACUUUCAAGGUGAAGCUAAAAGCCUCGAGGAUAGCUGGGGAUAGGCCACAAUGCAAGUUCGACACUCGAUUACUGAAGGACACAACCACAAAAGACACUUUCACUGCAACUGUCAGAGCAAAGCAGGAAACACUACGCGACAUCACUGAAGAAUCAUGCGUGGAAGACCACUGGAACUCUCUCAAGGUGAUUUUCAAUUAAACGUAGUCAACGGUUUUAGGAAGAAAGAAGAGACAAGACAAAGAAAGGCUCUCAACGGAAACUUGGAAACUAAUAGAAAAGAGGAGAAUGGUGAAAAAGAAAAUAAUUCAAUGCAAGGACGGACAGGAGAAGGAGACGCUGAACUCAACUUACACAGCGCUGGACAAAGAAGUGAAGAAGAAUGCUAGAAAGGACAAAAGACAAUUCUACGACAAUCUGGCCACUGAAGCUGAGAAGGCAGCAGGCAAAAGCGACCUGACGACAUUAUAUCAGAUAACCAAAUCUCUAUCCGGGAAGAGAUCAACACAAGCGAAACAUGUAAAAGACAGACAAGGGAACCCAAUUACCAAGGAAGAAAGACAGAUUAAAGAAUCGGCGGAUCACGUCAAAGUACUCUUGAACCGACCACCACCUGCAACCCGUCCAGAAAUACCAACAACAGCGCGCACACAACUGCAAGUUAACACCAAUCCUCCAACGAGAGCUGAAGUCUUGAAUGCAAUCAAGCUUCUGAAAGCUGGAAAAACAGCUGGACCAG